UAUACUUAUAUCAAUCAAUAUGCCUGCCAACGGAAACCCUGGAUGUUGCGGAACUACCUGCGCUUGUGAUAGCACCAAGUGUGACUGUACUUCCGGUGCCUGCAAGUGCGAAGCUGCCAAGAAGAAGGAUUCAUGCUGCUCCGAUGGGGCUAAAUGUGCCCACAAGACCGUAGAGGAGAAGAAGGGCUGCUGUGGUGGUCACUGUUAAAUUUGCCAGAAAGUACGACCAUAUGAUGGAUAGGGGUUCAAGCGGGGAUUGUCCCAUCAUUAGUCAAAGUAUUCUAGGAUUUUUUAAACAUGUAUAAAACGAGGGUCUUUCUUUCUAUUAUAGCACAAGCGAACCAACGUUUGGUUAGAAUUCUAACAUAAUAAAUACACUUUAAUCAACU